AUGCAGAUCCUCAAUUCUGAGUCAGAAGAUCCCACCAGCUACGAGACGGCGUGUCUGGAUGGUGUUUUCAAUCUCCGACGUCCUCCCCAUCGCCCAUCAGCCGUGAUCCAAGUCACCAGCACGGACGACAUUCUUGAAGGCGUUCGACUGGCCCACGAGCGAAAAUGCCAGAUUGCAGUCCGCUCUGGGGGUCACUCCAUGGCGGUUUGGAGUCUCCACGAUGGUUCCAUUCUUCUGGAUCUAGGCAAGUGGAAAGAGCUGGCCGUGGACCCAGAGAAGAGGAUUGCAACAGCCACGCCCAGUAUUACAAGCGAGGAGUUGAAUGAUGCGGCAAUGAAGCAUGGAUUCGUAUUUCCUGGAGGCCAUUGUCCGGAUGUUGGUCUGGGAGGAUUCAUGUUGCAGGGUGGAAUGGGAUUGAAUGCAAGGAAUUGGGGCUGGGCAUGCGAAAGCCUCGAGGCUGUCGAGGUCAUCACCGCGCAGGGUGAGCUGUUGCUUUGCAAUGCCCAGCAGAAUGAGGAUCUCUACUGGGCUGCAAGAGGGGGAGGGCCUGCAUUCCCCGGUAUUGUCACCAAAUUCCAUUUACAGUUGAGGUCGGCUCCAGCAGAGGGUAUUCGAUCGUCAGGCUACAUCUACCCUCGCUCCCUAUAUCGCACAGCAUUCGAAUGGGUCUUGUCUCUGAUCCGCGAAUCCGACCACAACACCGAGGUGGUCAUGGUAGCUCAUUAUCCCGGGAACAGCAAUUCACCCGAGAGCCUCCGUUUCCUGGUCUACUUUGUGUCCAUGGAAGCCACCAUCGCCCGAGCGCAAACAAUCCUGCAACAAGUCCAGGACACCAGACCAGCCGGCGCCAUCACGGAAUGGGUCUGCCAGGAAGACAGCCUGGGCAAUCUCUACGGCAACCAGCGAAAGGCCAACCCCCAUUCGCACUAUUACUACACGGACAACGUGUUUCUGGAUGAUGAUGUCAAUGUUGUCGCCACGCUGGAAGAGGCCUUUAUGGCCCUCCCUCCGGGGAAAUCGUCGGCUUUCUGGUAUCCCAUGUAUCCGCAUAGCAGACGGACGCUCCCGGACAUGGCAUUUGGGAUGCAGUCAGACCAUCACUUCUGCAUAUAUUCCAUCUGCGAAGCUGAAAGUGAGGCGCCACGGUACAGGGCCUGGGUGGAUGAGGUGAUGGCCAGAGUCAGGCUGCAUUCGGUGGGCGCUUACAUCGGGGAGUCCGAUUGCUCGAUGGCCGCCAGCUGGUACUAUGGAGAAGAGAGGGCAAAUCGACUCGCGGCGAUCUGUCAGAAAUGGGAUGCAGGGCAGCUUUUGGCAGGCCCACAGUCGCCGAUAGUCCAGAGUCAUUAA